CCGGGUCUCUGCUCGAAGGCCCCGCCCUUCAGGUGGCGCUGCGGCCUGGACCUCUGGCGGGGAGGAGGCGGGUUGGAAACACGAGCGGCUGUGCGGUUGUCGAUUCCCCAUCUGGACGCAGACGAUGGCGAGCCCGCCGGCUGUGCCCCGGUUGCCUCCGCACGACACGAGGACGCCGGCUCUGUCGGUGGUGGACAUGCACACGGGCGGCGAGCCUCUGCGCAUCGUGCUGGCUGGGUGUCCGGAGGUGGUCGGCCCCACGCUGCUGGCCAAGCAGCGCUACAUGCGCCAGCACCUCGACCACGUGCGGCGACGGCUGAUGUUCGAGCCCCGGGGGCACCGGGACAUGUACGGGGCUGUGCUGGUGCCGAGCGAGCUGCCUGACGCGCACCUGGGCGUCCUGUUCCUGCACAACGAGGGCUACAGUUCCAUGUGCGGCCACGCGGUGCUGGCUCUGGGCCGGUUCGCGCUCGACUUCGGGCUGGUGCCAGCGCCCCCCGCCGGCGCCCGCGAGGCCCUGGUCAACAUCCACUGCCCGUGCGGGCUGGUAGCCGCCUUCGUGGAGUGCGAGGGCGGCCGCAGUGGCGGCCCGGUGCGCUUCCACAGCGUCCCGGCCUUCGCGCUGGCCACAGAUCUCCUAGUGGAUGUUCCCGGUCAUGGAAAGGUGGUGGUGGACAUUGCAUAUGGUGGCGCGUUUUAUGCGUUUGUUAGUGCUGAAAAGUUAGGACUUGAUGUUUGUUCCACAAAGACAAGGGACCUCAUGGAUGCAGCAAGUGCAGUGACAGAAGCAGUGAAAUCUCAGUUUAAAAUUAAUCAUCCUGACAGCGAAGACCUUGCCUUUCUAUAUGGAACUAUAUUAACAGAUGGAAAAGACGCUUAUAGUGAGGAACCAACCACCAACAUCUGUGUGUUUGCAGAUGAACAGGUUGACAGAAGUCCUACCGGCUCAGGAGUGACAGCCCGAAUUGCCCUACAGUAUUACAAAGGGCUUCUAGAACUGAACCAGACCAGAGCCUUUAAAAGCAGUGCAACCGGCUCAGUAUUCACAGGGAAGGCUGUGAGGGAGACAGAUCCAAGAAAAUAUUGCUACUACUUAUGUCAAAGAGUGCCUAUGUUCUCUUCUUCCAGAUUUCCCAGCACUACUUAUUGAAGAGACUGUCUUUUCUCCAUUGUAUAUUCUUGCCUCCUUUGUCGUGUGUUGACUGUAGGUGUGUGGCUUUGUUUCUGGGCUCUCUAUUCUGUUCCAUUGAUUUAUUUGUCUGUUUUUGUGCCAAUACCAUGCUGUUUUGACUACUAUACCUUUGUAGUAUAGUCCAAAGUCUGGGAGGGUUAUACCUCCAGCUUCAUUCUUUUUUCUCAGGAUUGGGGGCUUUUAUGGUUCCGUAUAUAUUUUAGGAUUCUUUGUUCUGGUUCCGUGAAAAGUGGCCUGGGUAUUUUGAUAGAGGUUGCAUUAAAUCUGUAGAUUGCUUUGGGUAGUAUGGCCAUUUUAAUAAUAUUAUUUCUUCCAAUCCAAGAGCAUGGGAUAUCUUUUCAUUUGUUUAAAUCAUCUUCAGUUUUCUUCAUCAGUGUUUUAUAGUUUUCAGCAUAUAGGUCUUUCACCUCCUUGGUUAAGUUUAUUCCUAGGUAUUAUUUUUUUGACCUGAUUUUAAAUGGGAUUUUUUUUACUUUCUGAUAUUUCAUUAUUGGUGUGUAGAAACGUGACCAAUUUUUGUAUAUUAAUCUUGUAUCCUGCAACCUUGGUGAAUUUAUUUAUUAGUUCUAAUAGUUUUAGAGUGGAGACAUUAGGGUUCACUAUAUAGAGUAUCAUGUCAUCUGCAAAUAGUGACAGUUUUACCUCUUCCUUUCCAAUAUGGAUAACUUUUAUUUCUUUUUCUUGUCUGAUUGCUAUGGCUAGGAUUUCCAAUACUAGGUUAAAUAGAAGUGGUGAAAGUGGGCAUCCUUGUCUAGUUCCUAAAUUUAGUGGGAAGGCUUUCAGCUUUUCACCAUUGAGUAUUAUACUAGCUGUGGGUUUGUCAUAAAUGGCCCUUAUUAUGUUGAGAUAUGUUCUCACUGUACCCACUUUGAUGAGAGUUUUUAAUCAUGAAUGGAUGUUGAAUUUUGUUGAAUGCUUUUUCUGCAUCUGUUGAGAUGAUUAUGUGGUUUUAGUCUUUCCUUUUGUUAAUGUAGUAUAUAUCACAGUGAUCGAUUUGUAUAUGUUGAACCAUCCUUGUGACCCUGGUAUAAAUCCAGCUUGAUCAUGGUGUAUGAUCCUUUUUAUGCAUUCCUGGAUUUGGUUUGCUAAUAUUUUAUUGAGGAUUUUUGCAUCUAUAUUCAUCAAAGAUAUUGGCCUGUAAUUUUCUUUUUUAAGUGUCUUUGUCUGGUUUGGUGUCAGGAUAAUGGUGGGUGAGGUCCUCAAAUCUUAGGGUAUAAAGGGAUCCUGAGACCAAAAUGUUUGAGAACCAUUAAAUUAGGGUUUGGAUUUUUUUUGUUUUUAUUCUAUAGGAAUGUUCCAUUUUAUAAAAUAAGAUGUGAAAGUCCUGAAAAGUUGUGGAAAGUAUUUUUGUAACGGAAUCAAAUUAUAAAUGAGCUAACAGCUAAUUAAUGAAUUUACUCAUAGUAGUAAGUAAAAUCUACUGUAGUGUGAUUAAAUUGCAUCUAAUAAAUGAAUCUACUCACAAAGAGUCCUUUAAUAUAGCAGA